CUAAUGCAAUUUACCAAACAGGACCUUACAGGAGUUAGGAAAUAAAAACCCUGCAGCGGGGGAUGCCGUUGGCACGACCGUAGGAUGUGGGCGGCUCUACGGUAUCGUUUUAUCCAUCUCCCUAAAUCGUCGGUGCCAUGGAAUCAGAACGUCUCUUUUAUGUCAACUGUUGCGAGAACUGACGAAGGGUUACUGAAUUUGCAAGAUGUGGAGAAGGUUUUGAGUGAUGUGAGAGCAGACGACGUUAAGGUUAUACCGGUCGGGAAACAAUGUGAUUGGACGGAUUUCAUGGUGGUUGCCACUGGUAGGUCCACUUGGCACGUGAAGAACAUCGCUCAAGCUCUUAUUUACAAGGCUAAGCUAAAGCAGAAAGAGAUUGGAGCUCGGCGAUUAAUGCUACCGAGUGUGCAAGGGCAAGAGACAGGAAAAUGGGUUGUUAUUGAUUCUGGAAAAGUGAUUGUUCAUGCACUUGAUGAAAAGGCCAGAGCUUACUACAAUUUGGAAAAUCUUUGGACCAUGGAGACAUCUAAAGCAGAACCUGCUCAGGAUUUGGAAAAGGCUUUCUUGAAGGUUCGACCCAAGAAUAAUUCCAAAAAAAGGCCGCAGACACAGAGAAAUGUUUAGUUUGAUGAUAGGCUUUUGAGUUUUGCAAUUAUAGUUUAUUACAUCAUCAAGUUUUGUGCUGUUUCGCAUCAAUGUAAACCACAGAUUGUCAUCUGAUCUGUAGCCUCUUUCAGGAGUUUUUUUUCUUCUAUAACUCUGCCUUAAUCGAAAACCAUGACAUCUUCUUACCGUUCAUAAAUAUUUAUAUACAGAUUUGACGCCGGGCCAUCCACAUA